CCCCGGUUUUCUCUGUAAUGGCGGCCGUCUCUAUAACAGAACACUAACACUAAGCGUCGUUCGGGAAAAAGUGUGGAAAAAAUCUCUUCAAACAGUGCUAAUAGACACACCCGCGCCAAGUGAAGCUAAGAUAUUUAAAGAGUUUUUCGUGUGAGAGCCGUAUACAGAGCAAUAGUCAGAGAUGGCCUCGCCCUCGCCGGCGAACAGUCCCAUGCCGCCGCCACAGGCGCCCAGUCCGAUGGCUCCGCCCUCCCAAAGCCCAGCUCCCUCGCCGCACAGUCCCUAUCCCCACCAGCAGCCGGGACCGCCUCAAGGACCGCCGCCAGGAGCCCCACCCCACAUGCAGGGACCCCCUCCGCCCGGCCAUCCUGGCGCCUACGGCCAUCCCAUGCAGCACGGCCCGCCCGGUCAGGGCCCACCUGGACACCAUAUGCCGCCACACCACCAGGGAAUGAUUUUCUCAAAAGGUCCGCACAUGGGGAUGCAGAUGCCGCCGACGGGGCCGAAUAUGUCGCCACUGGGCUACCAAACGCACGGAAUGCCACCUAAUGUAAGUGUAGCACGCCUUCUAAAGGACAUUAUUUGGGUUUUGGAUGAGGAAGAGUUAGAGAACUUCAAGGAGGAAGUGGAUUUUGGAAGCAGGGGACUGUAGUUUAGUUACGAAUUA